UUAUUUAAUUAUGGGUAUCAUGUUCAUGACCAAUACAAUACAAAAUCCUCUCAUUUGAAAUUUAAAUUCAAAAAACCUUACCACAUAGCUAGUUUUCAAAUCUGUUUCCCUCUCUCAGAAUCAAAAACCCUAAGUCUCUAUCAGACACCACCACCACGCUCCUCCUCUUCUCCGACCAAUGGCAGCUGUGGCGCCGCCGCUGGGCUCCGGCCGUGAGCUUUCAAAUCCACCGACUGACGGGAUCUCGAACCUUCGGUUCUCCAAUCACAGCGAUCACCUCCUCGUUUCUUCCUGGGACAAGAGUGUGAGACUAUAUGACGCGAGUGCUAAUGCGUUAAGAGGAGAGUUUUUGCACGGUGGACCAGUUCUUGACUGCUGCUUUCAUGAUGAUUCCUCUGGUUUCAGUGCUAGCGCUGAUAAUACUGUCAGGCGGCUGGUUUUUAACUAUGGCAAGGAAGAUAUUUUGGGAAGGCAUGAUGCACCAGUUCGUUGUAUUGAGUACUCUUAUGCAGCAGGCCAAGUCAUCACUGGUAGCUGGGACAAAACUCUGAAGUGUUGGGAUCCUAGAGGAGCAAGUGGACAGGACCGCACUCUUGUCGGCACAUAUCCACAACCUGAGCGUGUUUACUCUUUAUGCCUUGUUGGAAAUCGUUUAGUAGUAGCUACUGCAGGAAGACAUGUAAAUAUCUACGAUUUACGAAAUAUGUCUCAACCUGAGCAACGAAGGGAAUCAUCAUUGAAAUAUCAAACUCGAUGUGUGCGUUGCUAUCCCAAUGGUACAGGAUAUGCUCUUAGUUCAGUUGAAGGGAGGGUUGCGAUGGAGUUCUUUGAUCUUUCAGAGGCUAGUCAAGCAAAAAAAUAUGCAUUCAAGUGUCAUCGAAAAUCAGAAGCUGGAAGGGACAUAGUAUAUCCAGUAAAUGCUAUUGCAUUUCACCCGGUCUAUGGUACAUUUGCAACUGGAGGUUGUGAUGGCUUUGUUAACGUGUGGGAUGGAAACAAUAAAAAGAGGCUUUAUCAGUACUCGAAGUACCCAUCGAGCAUUGCUGCACUUUCAUUUAGCAGGGAUGGUCGGCUAUUGGCUGUGGCAUCAAGCUACACUUUUGAAGAGGGAGACAAGCCCCACGAACCAGAUUCCAUCUUCGUGCGCAGUGUAAAUGAAAUAGAAGUCAAGCCAAAACCAAAAGUGUUACCUAAUCCUCCAGCAUAAUUGACAUUGCAGAAGCCUCUGUUUCCAUGGUGUAGUAUGUCGCGAUCUAUAUAUGGGCUUCAUGUCUCUCUUAUGAAGCUGUCUAAACUUUUUAUGUAAAAACUGAUUCAAGCCAGAAUUCCUCUCUUCAGUUUUCUUUUCCUCUUUAGCUCCACAAUUAACUUCAGCAAAAUAUUAUAGGCUUAUGCUAAAAGUUGAAAUGUCUUGGAUUCUGUAAAUCCUGUACAUCUGUUUCUUUCGACAUAUGGAGCUGUUCCUGAGAACCUACUGCCAAUUUAUUAUUGUGUAGAAUCAGCGGACGAUAGAUGCUCAUUGUUCUUCUGUAGGACAAGUGGCGGAAAUAUUUUGAUACUCUGAUGCCUUGUCAUGUUGAUCAAUACAUUCGGGCUCAUUCUCCAAUUGUUCGUUACUCAGGGCAAUGGCAGACUAUAAAUUCAAUGAAAGCCAAUAUAAAUCUCUCCAUUUUAACCGGUU